AUGGCAGGCCGCUGGCAGCCCCAUAUGUACGCAGCAUCGAGGGAUUCGAUGAUUGACACCGACCCCACCCGGUCGACGUUCAACCCAAAGGCCGUUACCAUGGCUAGUCGCAUGCCUCCUCCACCACCGAAGAAGAAGCAGGAAGGUCCUUAUAUCGACUUCAACAAGCACCCGGACAGCUACCUCAUACUUCCGUAUGGUAACACACACGCGAAGGAAAUGAGCCCGAAGACGAAAGUCUUCAUCGACAUUGCGCGAUGGAUCCAGUUCAGUCUGAAGAUUCUCACUCUGCUUGGCGCAAUUGGCAUAAUGCUGUGCGGUAUCUUCAUUCGAGGAGCGCAAGACACAGAGGGCUAUAUUUUGAGGAUACCGCCCGGUGUGGACCUCAUCGUUUGUCUAUACGCCAUAUACCAUCUAGUCCGUAAUCCCAAGACGCGACCAGCCGGAAGCUCCGCCAGCUACCACUUCUUUGCUCUCGUUACCGACGCCGGCUUUAUCCCGUUCUAUGUCUUCACCGUCCUCAUGGCUCGUCGCAACUCCGAUAUGGAUGCCGGAACACUUGGGCGGUGGCGCACCAUGUUCCCUACAGACAAUGAGACGAACAUAGUCCUGUUGACAACAUGGAUCACCGCAAUUGCUACCGGCGGCCUCCACGUCCUCUCAACCGCCAUUGAUCUGUACUUGGCUAUCCUCUUCAGGAAGAUCUCAAAGCUGCCGCCGGACAUGAACCCGCUUGAGGACAACCUGACUUCGCGCAGAAAGACCAAGCACAAGCACAAGAACUCAUCAAUCUCAGCCAUUACACCUCUCACGUCAGACCAAGAGAAGAGGUUCAGUGACCAGAGCACCAUUGCCGGAGACCGUCGCGAUUCGAAGACUCCUUCCUACAUUUACAGCGACAUCCCAAGUCCCACCAAGAACCAAGUCGCAUUCAUGCACACGCGAACAGACUCGGAAACCACGUAUUCGCCUCACACACCUGCUUCAGCUCGCCAAUCCAGGGAGCGCUUCUCCAUGUACUCUCAGCCUCCUUCAGCAUACCAGUCCCGCAAAGAGCUCAACCACCGUGACGAUCUACUCAACGACCAGGAAGACGACCAGACACUGGCCCAACGCAAGUCUAUGCUCUCUCAACAAGCGAACAUCAAACGACACUCUCGUGGCGGAUCCCACGUUACCUCGUCCUCCUCGAAGGAAUCCUUCCACACUCCUCCCGGAACCGCACGCUCUUCCAAACAAGAAGCGACCGGUGAUCUCUCUCUCCAGCGCAACUCCCAGCAAAGCCUCAAGAAUGACAACUGGUUCGUGCAUCCUGACGAGGAAGACGAGCACCAUGACCACUACCCGGCGCCCAAGCAGACAAUGUUCCCCUCAAACGCGAACAACGGCUACAACACAGUCUCACCCUACGACGACGUAUCUGACUACGAAGAAGAGUCCGAGGCACCCGAACCUCUACGCAUGAACCCCCUCAGCCAGAACCCGCCAUCUCCCCCCGCCACGGCGACCUUCUACGACCCUUACAAAGCCGCCUCCCCUCCCCCAUCCAGCCUCCAGCGCACCAAGACCACAACCUCCAUCUCCACCGAAAAGACAUUCGACCGCUCGCACUCCCGCUCCGGCACCCCGAAAUCGCGGUACUACGGCAACCUGCAAGCCGCGACCGAAGGCGUGCGCAGCGCCUCCAACUCUCCCUCCCCGACAAAAGGUUCCUUCCGCCAACAACCCAACCACUUCCCCAGCGCCACAAAGCAAUAUGCCGUCAACACUCCUCCACCCGUCCCCACGCACAACAACGUGACCAACUCGCCGUUCACGCUGCACAAGAAGAGUUACACGAGCAUCAAGCGCACGGGCGAGGCGAACUACACACCCAAGCAGGGCCAGUCGCCGCGCGUCGUCAGCCGCUCCGGCGUCGAUUACAUCAACCCGUAUGAGUUUGAUGAGUCGGAUCUGGGUACCCCGGGACGCAGGAGAGAUGUUAGUGGGAAGAUCGCUGAGGAGGGGAGAGGCGGUGGGUGGAGUGGGAUGACGCAGAGGAAGGUUAGUGGUGUUGCUUAUUAG